AAAUCACACUACAUCUUUCAGUGUGCCUGGUAUCGCUCGCUUGCUUGCAAUGGCCAAAUCGUAGUUUUCAAAGACAACGGAGGGCUAAACCGUCUAAUCAGCUGAUUAAAUUCGAGAGCAAAAGCAGUCGCAGCGGGAAUGGGAUAGAAUAAAGCCUUUGAUUUCAUCCCCGAGCUCCGUCGACGGCCGGAGAUGACGGUCCUUCUGAGCCGUCCAUUCCCUUCCUUCCGGGCCGGCCAAGACCUCCGUAUCUUCAAAUCCAGACCGUCCAUUAAAACAAGCGUCUCAUGCUUCACUCCCAAACACUCCUUCAAGAGAGACUACACUAGCGUGAUGAUAGUCCCGACCGGAGUCGGAGCCGCCAUAGGUGGAUACGCCGGCGACGCCUUGCCGGUGGCUCGCACUCUCGCCUCCGUCGUCGAUUGUCUCAUCACUCAUCCCAAUGUGCUGAAUGCAGCAAUGCUCUGUUGGCCCAUGCCUAAUGCUUUGUAUGUCGAAGGUUAUGCUCUCGACCGAUUCGCAGAAGGCUUAUGGGCUCUGAAGCCUGUUCACCAGAACAAGGUGGGGUUGGUUCUUGAUUGUGGAAUGGAAGAAGAGCUUCGCGUUCGUCAUUUGCAAGUGGCUGAUGCUGCAAGGGCUUCCCUUGGCUUGCCUGUGGUGGAAUAUGUUGUCACUGACACUCCUUUGCAGGUAGAGAAGUGGAUUGAUACAAAAAGUGGGCAAUCAACGGGGAGCAUUAAGCACCCUGAAUCACUACUGAGGGCUGUGCAGGCUUUAAUCAAACGCUCUCAAGUAAAUGCCGUUGCAGUUGUUGGACGUUUCCCGGAUGAUGAUUUUGAAGACACUGAUGAUUAUCGACAAGGGAUGGGAAUUGAUCUAUUGGCAGGAGUUGAGGCAGUUAUAAGCCAUCUAGUAGUGAAAGAAUUCCAAAUUCCUUGUGCACAUGCUCCUGCUUUAUUACCUGUACCUCUGUGCCCAUCUUUAUGCCCAAAAUCAGCUGCUGAGGAGUUGGGAUACACAUUCUUGCCUUGUGUGCUUGCUGGCCUUAGUAAUGCACCACAAUACUUGGUCAAGUACUCUGAGUCCGAGCAUGGUUGCAUACUGGCAAAUGAUGUUGAUAGUGUCAUCCUUCCUAUAGAUGCUUGUGGAGGAUCUGGUGCUCUUGCUUUUGCACAAAGCAAAGCCAAUAAGCCCCUUAUAAUUGCUGUGGAGGAAAAUGAAACAGUCCUUGAUGACACACCUGAUAAAGUUGGCUUCGAAGCAAUCAAUGUCUCAAACUAUUGGGAAGCGAUUGGUGUUGUUGCAGCUCACAAGGCUGGAGUAAAUCCGCAGUCACUACGAAGAAAUAGAAUUAGCAGUCUUCAACGCGCUUCUCUAUUGCCUACUAAUGGUUAUGCCGUUCAAAGUGCCACAACAAAUGGCUGAUUGAAGAAGUGUGGAAAAUCUCUUUCUCAACUACGUUUCACCUAGUAUUAUUCUUUCAUUUAUGACAAACAUGUUACAAGAUUUCUGUCAUAGUUUGAUCACCUGUAAGGAAUUAAUGAAAAGGACUCAUUUUGGUGCUUGUAAAGUUGGUAUAGGGAUUCAAAGUGCUGUCUGUAAUCGAGUCAUAUAACUCAUCUUCAAAAGUCGGUGAUGAUUUUCCAGUA